AUGUCGUCCCCAUCCAACGAUCUUCCAUACAACACUCGAUUAUUCAAAUUCAUCAUUGGUCCCGAUAAAAAAGAGUUCGCUGUCCACGCGGAUAUCUUUGCCCGCCUCUCAAAACCCCUCGAUGUCUUAAUCAAUGGACCCUUCUCCGAGGCUGCGGAUGGACAGGUGGUCUGGGAAGAUGUAACUGAAGAAGAAUUCGACCAACUGAGACAGUUCGCCUAUUGUGGUGAUUACAACUGUGUCGAGCCGGAAAAUCCCAACGACAAAGACGUUUUAGACUGGAAUCGUGAAAAAGGUGGUUUAACGACCCUGCAAGGACCCUUUGUGCCAUACCCAGGUCCAUCAUGGAACGGGCUUCAAGGGACUUUACCAUAUUCCAUUUACGAUAUGUAUAGGAACAAGAAAACAUAUGUUCGUCCAUACCUUGAAUUCGCCGAGGCUGGGAGCUUCGAUGGAAGGGUAACGGUCGUAGAAGCGUUUGCAAAUUGGUUCUACGAGAUUGAUAUGGCUCAUUUAUACAGCAUGAAGCUCGAGACAGAUCCAAUCGGGAUUCAAUCAUGUGCAAACCUGAAAGAAAUCAUUUUCUACCACGCAGAUCUUCACAUAUUAGCGGAAAAGUAUUGUAUCGAUAAAUUGUCACAGAUUACGACCUUCAAGCUCAGCAGUUUGCUCCAAACACACAACUGGACACUGGAAUCUAUCAAACACAUCGCAGACCUGGUACCGCACGUCUAUGACAACACGAUAGUCGGAGAUCCUAUUCGAGAGAUGAUCGUCUUUCACGUUGCCGCCAUAAUCCAAGACGCAUUCGAAGUGGAUGAGUUCGCUAAGAUGCUCGUCGAUGUUCCCGAAUUCUCAAGUAGCCUCGUCCAAAAAAUUGUGAAAUAUCGUAUAUUCAGGAAUUAAUCGGACGUAUGGGCUCUCGGCAAGAAAAGCGAAAAUAUUUAGUCAGUAUCGAUUCAAGCGGGUGCGUGAGGUUCAUAAAUGGGUCACGAUGUUUAGAGCGAAUGAAUAAAAUUUGGGAUCCACCAAAGCCUCU